UCCCUACAGUGUGGUCAUUGUCCCCUGCCUGGGGCUGAGUGACCCAGUGUAGCUUCCAGGCCCAGUAGGAAGCAGGGGGAGGAAGGCAGGCUGCCCGAAUGUGGGCUGUGGGCACUGCCUGGACUGAGCCUCCUUUGUGUGACUCGGGGCUCUGGGGACCGGGACAGGGUGGGCCAGGGAAGCCUGCUGGCUGCUGCCGCUGCCCUCUGUCUGGGUUUCCCUCCCUCUGCUCUCCUUCCCACCUCUGGGGUGAUAUGUAGAAAAGCAACAGACUCUAGAGUCACACGGCCCUGCUUUGAGUGCCAUCCCUGCCACAACUCUGAAUUCGUGUCUUAACCUCAAUGAAUCUCACUUUCCUAGUUUGUCAAAAUGGGGAGCUCACUACCUACCUUCCAGGCUUCUGGGGACUGAGGGAGGUGAUUUUUGUCCAAAUGCCCACCAUAGUGCCUGGCACCUAGGGGUGUGAUAAAUAUUCUUUCCCUUACCCACCCAUAUGGGUAGGGACUCUUCGUUUUUCGCUGGGCAGGCAUGACUUGUGCUGACUUUGGGACAGUGUGUUCCAGAUUGGACCUUCACAAUUAUUAAACUUUAAAAAGUAUCGAAAUCCUGGUAACAAAUACACCUGACUUGAAACCCUGAUACGUAGAAUAGAUAAAAGCUUGCCCUUCUGUACACGUCACUGGUCCCUGAGCACCCCUCUAGGUGUCCAGGGGCCCACAGUUGGGGAGUGGAUUAGAUUAGAACUCAUGCUUUCUGGCUCCCAAGUGGGUGGUUCUUCCACCUCCCAUUUCUGUAUUCUAACCCAUGGGGGAGACCUGUCCCUGACCUUGAGAUUAGGAAUUUCAAGCUCAGUUGCCCGACCACUUGGUUCUUGGCAAGAACAUGCCUGAGCAAGCCCCUUUCCCUCCCUCCUCUCCCUUCACUGGAUGCCUCGGUUUCCAGGGAGGGCUUGGGGGCCCUAGAGAAGUGUUUGUGGACUUACUGGCUUUUCCCAACAUCCCCACUGCCUCUUCCCUAUCAGCCCCAGACAUGGCUGCCAUUCGAAAGAAGCUGGUGAUCGUGGGGGAUGGGGCCUGUGGGAAGACCUGCCUCCUCAUCGUCUUCAGCAAGGAUCAGUUCCCAGAAGUCUAUGUCCCUACUGUCUUUGAGAACUACAUCGCCGACAUAGAGGUGGACGGCAAGCAGGUGGAGCUGGCUCUGUGGGACACAGCAGGGCAGGAAGACUAUGAUCGCCUGCGGCCUCUCUCCUACCCGGACACUGACGUCAUCCUCAUGUGCUUCUCCAUCGACAGCCCCGACAGCCUGGAAAACAUUCCUGAGAAGUGGACCCCGGAGGUGAAGCACUUCUGCCCCAACGUGCCCAUCAUCCUAGUGGGGAAUAAGAAGGACCUGAGGCAAGAUGAACAUACCCGGAGAGAGCUGGCCAAGAUGAAGCAGGAGCCUGUUCGAUCUGAGGAAGGCCGGGACAUGGCAAACCGGAUCAGUGCCUUUGGCUACCUUGAGUGCUCAGCCAAGACCAAGGAGGGGGUGCGGGAGGUGUUUGAGAUGGCCACUAGGGCUGGCCUCCAGGUCCGCAAGAAUAAGCGCCGGAGGGGCUGCCCCAUUCUCUGAGAUCCCCAAGCUUCCCCUCCUCCCUUCACAGGGGUGCAGAAACUCCCCCUGCCCCCAACAGCCCCACCCUAUUAGGGAUCCCUGCUGAAGGCUCCCUUUCCCAAUUCCCUCCUGCCCAGGACUGCAUCGCGCUUCCCCAGCCCUGAUGGUGGUGGCCGUAGGCCCCGUCUCAGCACUCUGGGAACCAGAGCACAGUCCCUCCCCCUGUUGCCUUCGUCCAGGGGUGGGGCUCUUGAUCCCUUUGGCCUUCCCCAGAGGAUCAUCACACCAGCACUUUAUACACUUCUGGCUCACAGGAGAGUAUGUGGGGUAGGGGACUUGGAGGGUGUAACCCAGAGUCCCGGGCCCCUGGUGUUUCUGCUUUGGGCAGGGGCCUUGCAUCUGGCUGUACUUGGUGUGGGGCAUGAAUAAAGGCCACAGGCUCCAACAUGUG